GCAAGAGGGCUAGCAGCUAACUAGCAUAGGAGACCGGGGAGAGAGCUCGGCUCAGAAGUGACAGCGGAGAAUGGAGAUGACUGCGGACCUUCGGCGAGUCUCGAUCGCAGCGAGGGUAUUCGAAGUCUAUUCCUACCCAUCGAAGUGCAUCUACUGAAACUGGAUAAACUCAGGGGUGCAAAGGAAUGGCUGAUCCUCUGCGGAGGACAUUAUUAGCUAAACUUCGGGGGAAGAAAUCCAAGAAAGGGACGACAGCUGGUGGAUGCGGUGUUGCAGCUAACGGGGGCGCCGAAGGUAAAGAAAAACUUUUGCAAAAGACAGACGGGCCAACUCACAAAAUAAUAACGAUUCCUGAGUUGGAUUGUUUACCAGAUAAUAUGAUUUCUAAUGAGACGUAUUUAAAUGGAAGCUUCAACAACAAGGAGGUAUGUUUAGUAGAGAACACGGUAGUUGUUAGGAACGCGUUUCCCCAGAGCGAGGCGUCACUACACAUAAACACGGGGGCAAGGGACAUUCAAUUCAGCGGGGCCCCGGGGCUUGGGGGUCGAAGUAAUGAGAAACUCUUGGGGGUCCCGGUUCAAAGGGAAAAUCUUGACAGAGGCAAAGAUAGAGAGGAGAUGAGUGGCUUUCAUAAACAAGAACCGUGCUUUUCAGGGCAAGCGCAAAACGGAGCGUUGCGGGAACCACAAGCGCAGAAAAAACACACUGUCCCCAUUCCACGGCAAACUACCGUAGGGGAUUCAAUUGGGUUUGGGAGCAGCGAAAAUGCCCAUUUUUAUUUUACUAAGGCUGAAACAGACAGAGCAAUUGUUAAAUUAUCAGAUGGUCAUUAUGCGUCUCCAAAGUCUUGUGGGACAAAUGUCCGUUGUGAGACAGAUCUGAAGAUCAUAUGCGACGGACUCGUGUUUGGCCAACAGUUAAGUGCUGGCUGCGUUACAAAUUCAAUUCACAAACCGCAUAACCCUUUACAUUUUAAGAAGGAAUUGGUCACAGACGUAACCACAUCCAAUCAGACGGAAAUGUUCCCUCAUGAGUCAAAUUACCUGCAUUAUGUCCAGUGCAGUGCAGAGGAAAGUAGCGUGAUAAAAGACAUUCAAAAUUACGAGGGGUUUGUGGAAUACUCGAGGGAUACCAGGACGCCCAAUAUGCUCAGCCCCACAUUUUUCCCCACCGAGUUGGAGAUAUUCGACGUAAACGUGGCUCCCAGUGUCGCGUGCGCGAGAGACCCUCUGCGCCACCAUUCACUGGACAGCGAGGAUGAUGAUUACUACGAUAACGAAAUCCUACCGUUUUAUGAAUCAGACUCGCUCAACCUACACAGUGCUAUCCAGAGAAAUACUGACAUGCCAAUUCAAACAUUAACACAGCCGGAUACAAGUGUAUCCAGGGCUGACCAAAACAGCGCCGAGGAAACCGACAGGUUGAGGAGCCAGUUAAAAGAAGCGUAUUACUUGCUGAUAAACGCAAUGCAGGACAUUAGCUUAAAUGGUCAGGUAGAAGACAAUGGGUUUAUUGAGCAGGGUAGCACUGCUAGUCACUCGCAAGAUAGUGUUUGCUCACAGACUUCCACCAAGCACUCGAACAGUGAUGGAUCGUCUUCUGGAAAGCUUAGCGCUCAACAGGUGUCUGACACAGACUCGCUGUUGAACUUUACUGAGAACAUUGCACUCGGUCCCAAGAGCUCCCUGUUGAGUAAAAGCUGCCAAAAUGUGAGCAGUCCCAGGACCAGGGUAGCCUUACAAAGGUCAGUUAGUGACAGUUCAAUGAAAUACACCGCUGUGAACAUGCCGUGUAACCACUUCGCUGAUACCCAAGGCGCUGUUGUCAGUGGCGGGGUGGAUGAGACUAAUCAGGUAAACGAAGCUCUCAUGUCGGAGAAACCGGCCGCCUAUGACACGGCAAGCAGUGGCGAGGACGGACGGCUGAACGAGAGCAACGGGUCUGUAAACAGCCUCACCGGCUCUUCCGACAAUGUGGACGCGCAGGACAGAAGCAAGCAGGACGGCCCGAGUCCCGGUGCUUGCGCCAGAGGCUCUGUCAAACCCCACGGGCUAACGGUGAACAAAAUGCAGGAGUGGAUGCACAAAGGACGCCUGCUGUCGUCCGAGAUGAAGCAGCGCAUAGCGGGGUCCUCCCUGCGCGCCUACGGUCCGUCUAAUUUGCGGCUGGCUCAGGGAGUACCAAGCCGGACUAAAGGGACAACUCAGAGAGGCAAAACUGCCGCCCCUUGCCAGGCAGCGCAUCAGUCAGUGCUGAUAGAGCAGCAGGGCAGCUCCCUCCGGGCUCAGCUCAACACCAUCACCGUCUCCAAGAAGCGCAGCUGGCUGCAGCAGAGCUCUGGAGGCUCCUGGGAGGGGGAGGGCCAGGGGCCGGGGCCCGACGGCGAGGCCCCCCAGUCCCCUCAUCACCACCACCACGCCCUCCCUUCCCCUCCUCCCUCCACCUCCUCUGGGGCCUCACCUGAGGGUGCGUCCCUGUCCCCGUCCCGGCUGGCCCCCUUCCCCCGGCCCCCGCUCCCUCUGCGCCUCCCCCUGGUCACCAUCACCCACCCCCACCCCCAUCACCACCACUCCCGCCUCUCGCCCCCCCACCUCCUCCGCGGCGCCGUGGACCCGGCAGAGGAGAACGAUGCGGAUGACGAGGGCGAGAUCUGGUACAACCCCAUACCGGAGGAUGACGAGCUGGAGCCCCCCAAACCCCUGCCCCUGAGCGGGGCGUCUCGCGGCGCGCACCCCCACCCCCCUGGCGUCUCGUCCAGGCUCCAGGGCCCAGGGGAAGUGUGCAGGACGCCCCCGGCCCUGAGGCGUCCGAGCGGGGAGUCGUCGUCGGCCGGGGAGGGCUCUUCGUCUUCCGGUGGACCCCCGCCGCUGCCGUCGUCGUUAUUGUCCGUGGAAACGGCGAGUCACGCGCUCGCUCCCCCACAUGUGAAUGCCGUACAUUCCAGCGAGCCUCCACAGCUGCACAGGCAGAUGUUCAGCAGCCGCACCCAGGAGGAGAGCCUCGCACCCAGGCUAGCCGCACCAGAAACUGAGCUGGCCACCGCUGGCUUCUCUCCCCCAUCCAGCCCCAACCCGGCCAAGAAGGGAGGAUCCCUCAGCUGGUCUUUCCCAGACAAGAUCAAGUCUCCGCGCACGGUGCGCAAGCUCUCCAUGAAGAUGAAGAAGCUUCCGGAACUCAGCAGGAAGCUCAGUGUAAAAGGGACGCCCAGCAGCAGCAACAGCAACAAUGCCGGCUGCAGCAACCAAUCAGAAUCCAGAACAGCAAUGUCGGCACACUCUUCCAAAUCGAACGGAGGAGGAGCAGGAGCCGGCUCGACGACUGUCGGGGCGGACUCGGGCCCGUCGCGGGCCAGGCUCUCCCCCGGCGUGGGCCAAUCCGGCGUGGGCGCAGGUGCAGGGGGCGUGUUCACCAGUGGGAACGUCAUCUCCCGCUACCACCUGGACAGCAGCGUGUCCACGGGCCAGCAUGGCAAGAAGAAGAGCAGCGGGGGCUCCAAGUCAGCCAGCAAGGGGGGCUACCUCAGCGACGGGGACUCCCCGGAAUUGGUGGCCAAGUCGGGUAAGCACGGCUCCAGCGCCCAGCGGAAGAACUCCAAGGCCAAGGACCGGGACGCUAACGGGAGCAGCUCUGGAGCGGGCAGCAGCGGAACCAGUGGAGGUGUCGGAGGAGGUGGUUGUGGAGGAGGAGGUGGUGGUGGUGGUGGAGGAGGUGGCAGUGUAAGCGGAGGAGGAGGAGGAGGAGGUGCUAGCCCCAAGCUCCACGGCAGCGAGCUGGACAUCGACGCCUUCCGGCCGUACAGCUUCGCCGAGCAGCCCAAGUGCACCACGUACCUCUCGGGCCUGAUGAACCUGCACUUCUACGGCGCCGAGGACCUGAAGCCGCCGCGCGUGGACUCGCGCGACGUCUACUGCGCCAUCCAGGUGGACUCGGUCAACAAGGCGCGCACCGCCCUGCUCACCUGCCGCACGGCCUUCCUGGGCAUGGACCACACCUUCAACAUCGAGCUGGAGAACGCGCAGCACCUGAAGCUGGUGGUCUUCAGCUGGGAGGCCACGCCGCGCCGCCACCGCCUCUGUUGCCACGGCACCGUGGCCCUGCCGGCGCUCUUCCGCGUCACGCGCACCCACCAGCUGGCCGUGCGGCUGGAGCCCAGAGGUAUGAUCUACGUCAAGCUGGGGCUGAUGGAGCAGUGGCAGAACUCGCUGGACGGUGGCGGGGGAGCGGACGGGGAGCGGGAGCCGCAGGUGUUUGGCGUGGAGGCCUGGAAGGUGGUGGAGCGGGAGGCCGCCGGGCUCAUGGUGCCCCUGGUCAUCGAGAAGUGCAUCACCGAGAUCGAGAGGAGGGGCUGCCAGGUGGUGGGCCUGUAUCGGCUGUGUGGUUCGGCUGCGGUGAAGAAGGAGCUUCGCGAGGCCUUCGAGAGAGACAGCCUCAACGUGGAGCUCUCAGAGAGCGCCUACCCUGACAUCAACGUCAUCACAGGUGUUCUUAAGGACUACCUGCGCGAGCUGCCGUACCCCCUCAUCACCAAGCAGCUGUAUGAGGCGGUGCUGGACUCCAUGGCCAAGCGGCCGCUGCGGAUCGGCGCCGGGGGAUGCGAGAACGAUCCGGCCGACACGGAACACACCGUCGGGCUCCUGGACAUCCUGCCCGAAGUGGAGAAGGUGACGCUGCGUAAGCUGCUGGACCACCUGAAGCGGGUGGCAUGGCACCACGAGGUGAACAAGAUGACGUGCCAGAACCUGGCGGUGUGCUUCGGGCCCGUGCUGCUGAGCCAGCGCCAGGAGGCCUCCUGUCACACCAACCGCGUCUUCAUCGACUCCGAGGAGCUCGCCAGCGCCCUGCACUUCAAGAAGCACAUCGAGGUCCUGCACUACCUCCUCCAGCUCUGGCCAGUGGUGGAUGCAAAUUCAAAGACCUCCACAGCCCCGGAGGCAGAGUCCCCAUCACCAGCUCCCGGCGAGGUCUCCCAACAGCUGCCUAUCGCCACCUCCACCACCACCUCUGCCGCCCCCUUGCGCAGGAGGAAGGAACGGCCCCAGGUGCUUAACCUCUCGGAGGCGGAGAUGGCCAACGUGCUGCGGCCCAAAGGAGGCCGCCUGGACAGCCCCAGCAACCGCUACGCCGGCGACUGGAGCGGCUGUCAGGAGAACUACUUCCCCAUCACAACGCCCCCUAGCAGUGGCCAGGAGAACUACUUCCCCACCGCCACAGCGCUCCCUGAUGUCAAGGGGGAGGCGGAUUAUGAUGACGUGCCGUCUGAGGAGACAGCAGGAGGAGAGCAGGAGGGACGUGAAGAGGAGGAGGGAAGGGAGGCUGAAGAGGAGGGCAGAGGCCACGAGAGGAGGCCUGUGGAGCUGGAGGUGGAGGCACAGGAGGAGGAGGAGAAGAUGGAGGAGAUGGCGGUGAAGGAGGUGGAGCAGGAGGUGGAGAAGACAAACUCGACAGAGCUGGUGGUGGAGCCCGAGAGGUUCAAGGAGGUGGAGGCAGAGGCAGAGGCCAAGACUCACGAAGAGUUAGAGUUGGAUGGAGAAGGAGAGCAAGAUGAGGUGGAGGAGGAGGUGGAACCGGAGGAGCAGGAAGAGGAGGAGGAAGAGGACAGUGGAAGGAGGGUUCUCAUGCAAAGCCCUUGGGACGAGCGACGGAACUGUGAGCACAUUCUCCUGGGAGACGAAGAUCUGUUGGAGGAGGACCACCACCGUCAUCAUCACCAUCACCAUAACGAGCACAGGGAGGAGCACUUGGCCAAAGAGCACGCCCACUACCAGGCCUACAUGAAGAUCCAGGACAUGAGCCCCGUGCUGAGCAACCGGGUCAACCUCAAGGACCUGCAGGAGAGCAUCGACAUCCUCAUCGGCAACCUGGAGCGCGAGCUCAACAAGAACAAGCUCAAUGUGGGCUACUGACCUGCUACCAGGACGGUCUAAACAAGCCCAACGUGGGCUACUGACCUGAAAUCCAGGCCUAUCAAGCCUGUCGUGCUCAGUCUAAACUCAAUACAGGCAACUGACCAGCCUAUCAAACCUGCCCAUGCUCAAUACAACAAGUUCAAUGUGGGCCACUGACCUAUCAGGCCUAUCAAGGCUUCUCAUUGUCUGUCUAAACAAGUUGAAUAUGGGCUACUGUCUGGCUUGCCCAUGCUCAAUAACACAAGCUCGAUUUGGGAUACAGACUGUUCUAUGGAGCUUGUCCAUGCCCAGUGUCAACAAGCUCAAUAUGGCCUAAUGACUUGGCUAUCCCAGCUCGAGAACAAACAAGCCCAAUGUGUCCUAUUGAUGGCCAAUCCAAGCUCAACGAAAGCUCAGAACGAGUUUAGCAUGGGCUACUGACUGUCCCAUCCGAGCUGGGUAAAACUAGCUUGGUGUGGGAUACAGACUAGGCUGGAGAGGCUCUUAGUCCAUGUGGUCAUAUGUUUAGUGAAUAAUUUCACUAUCUGGGUUUUUUGGGAGAGGCUGUGAAACCCUUGGUAAUGACACCCUCACCACCAUCAUCAGUAUAUCUGAAUUAAAGGUACCUGUUCUCCUAUGAGACUUAAAAAAAGAAAAAAAACUCUGUGUACGAAAACUGUGAGGUCUGGCACUUCUUGCUUCAAGCCCAUUGUAUUUUAGUUCUCACCAGUCAACAGACAUUCCUUGAUUGUUUUUUUUGUCGCAUGUGUUCGUUUGCAUUAGUCAUUGUCGGAGGUUUUUUUGCUUGUUUAUUGCUGUUUCUGUCAACAUGUGUCUAUUUUCGUCGUUCUUUCUUCUUAUUAGAAGAACCCAUUGACCCCAAGGGGUGUAAAGGUGCCUUAAUUGUGUGAAGGUGGUACUUAAGGCAGCACAAGAGAGCUUUUAUUUUUUAUUCGUUCAUUUGUUUGUUUGUUUGUUUUGUUUAAUUUUUUCAGUGGAGGUACUGUGUGCUACAUUAUUGUUGUAAACCAAUGCACUUACAUGGCAGAUUUGAUUCUUAAUUUUGAGAGGUAUCUACACAUACAGGGAGGGCAUCAGCAAGAGAGGAGCGCCCCCCUGCCCUUGCUACCAACACUGAAAUGAAACAGUGACGCUAAUGCUAGCCAUAGAGCAGGGAACUGUAUUGGGAGGAAAAUGUACUUACGUACAGUAUGUUAGCACACGUUAGCGAAUUGGAACUUAGCUCGCAACACGAGCUAACACUAACAGCCUUUCAGGCCAACUGUAGGCUACGUGAGCACAAGGGUCUAAUGUAAUAUGGGAGUCUUUAUUUCAAGGCAAAAAAUUAAAGGGGAAAAAACAACAUCCUGAAAAAAAUGGUAGUGAAUCUGACUGAACGUGUUAAAAGAUCUUUCAUGUCUACUUUUUCUAUCCUCCAUUUUGUUUAUCAUUUUUUAAAGGAAUCGUCUUGUAGAUUGUGAAACACAAGACUGAAACCUCACAGGCAUAGUGCCUGCAAAAUUUGUAUUGAUUCUCCUAGAAAUAGUUACUGUGGUCAAGAUUUCAUUUAGAAAACAUGAUCACUACCUAAAUUAAUAACAAACACUUUCUUUUCCUUGUCAGAAAAUCCAGGUAUACAAGAUGAUCAGUAUUUAACAGAUAUAUGUGUACAUAAAUAUAUAAAAAAUUGUAUUUGGAGUAUAUAUUUUUUUUCGACAGCUUAUAUUUACAUACGUGCAUAUUUAAUUGUUCUCAGUUACCUUGUAGUAUUGAAUCUGUGGAUCAGUACCUGUCAUAUUAAUAAUCAUGCCGCUUUCCCCUAAAGCUACCUUGACACAUCGUAAUUGUGCUGGACUGUAAAACGCAAAUUCAAGUCGUGAAAAGGACACAAGAGAGAAUACGCAUGUCUAUUCCACAGACAAGACUUCAAAUGUUGGCGUCAUUGCUUGUAUAUAUCUGGAAUGCAUUUUGUAGAGACAUCCCCAGUUGGUCUGGUGUUGUGUUCAUAUUUGUGUUGUUGUUCAUGUCGUUAUGGUGCAGAAUGUCACUUGGUCAAAAGCUUUACAUUUGAAUAUCUAUGUGUGUCUUAAGCUCCCCACCAACCCCCGACCUGCCCCUUCUCUCUUGUCCCACCCUCACCCCACUCACUUACUAAGGUAGCGGUUGAGUCUGGCCCACGUCUCAGCCAGGCCUGGGCCAGACACUACCCAGUGUGAUGCAGCCAUGGACUCUGCUGAUCACAUGACUUGGCUCUAAGGUCCACACAAUGGGUUUCUCCUUUGGGCAGCUGCCAUUGGAUGGAACAGUGCAAAAAAAAAACUCACUGGGAAACAAAUACAUCAAAAUAAUAAUGAUGAUGAUAUAUUUUGCACACUCCAGUGCAUUGUAAAAAGCUACGAAAUUCACUGUGGGUUUUUGGACGGUGCUGUUAGCCAUUUUGUUUUGCUUAAUACUGUGACUUGUUGCGGGCCCGGCUCGAUGUCUCCUUGUCAUGGGCCUGGCGGAUGCGGUACACGAGCUCUGUGACGGUCGGUCCCCUGCAGGGCUGCCAUUGUCCUGGCGGGGUGGAAAGUGGACACUGUGAGCUGCUGCUGCUGCUGCUGCCUUUGUUUUUCAAAAGCAUUCCUUCAUCCCUACCGCACUUCCUCCUUCUGGCCCCCCACCCCCUCCCAAAACUCCCCAUUCAUAUUCUACAAGCAUACAGUGUAGCGAACUGCUCCCCCCCCCCCCCCGCUUGCAUUUUAAUACAUUGGGAGUCUCAAUAUGAUCCCAUGAGCAUGUCACUAAACGAAAUGUUACUUUGUACUGCUAUGGAGAAAUGUAU